AUGCCGACGGUGAACUUAAAAAGAGACGAUUUGUUCCAAAAGCUCGGGAAAACGUUCACCGAGGAAGAGUUUGACGAGUUGUGUUUCGAUUUCGGCAUCGAGUUGGACGAAGUGACCACGGAACGGGAGAUGUCGAGCAAGUUUUUAGGAGUGAAAGAUACCAAAGAGGGAGGAGACGGUGGUGGUAAAGAAGAAGAAGAGAACGACGCGGUUAUUUAUAAAAUCGACAUCCCGGCGAACAGAUACGAUUUGCUCUGCUUGGAAGGCAUAGCGAGAGCGUUGAACAUCUUUCGCGGGCAACGAUCGACGCCGGUGUUUCGAACGGUCGAACCCGAGAACGGGCAGGAGAGGUUGCGAGUGAAAGUCAAUAAAACGGUGAGUUUAGUGCGACCGUUUAUUGUCUGCGCGGUGUUAAGGAACGUCACGUUUACGAAAGAGAGGUAUAAUUCGUUCAUCGAUCUGCAAGAUAAAUUGCACCAAAAUAUAUGCCGAAGACGAAGUUUAGUCGCCAUCGGGACGCACGAUUUGGCCAAGAUUGAAGGGCCGUUUACGUACGACGCGAAACCGAAAGAGGAGAUUGAGUUCGUGCCGCUGAAGCAAACGAAAUCGUUUCGAGCGGAUGAGUUGUUGGAACACUAUAAAAAGAACGACCAAAAAUUGAAAGCGUACGUGCCAUUGAUCGAGUCGAGCGCGGUCGCGCCGGUGUUGAAAGAUAAGAACGGAACGGUGCUGUCUUUGCCGCCGUUGAUUAACGGGUCGGUGAGCGCGAUCUCGUUGGAGACGAAAGACGUGUUCAUCGAGUGCACGGCGACGGAUUUGCACAAGGCGAAGAUUGUAUUGAACACGGUGGUGACGAUGUUUUCCGAGCACUGCGCGAAACCGUUUCAAGUGGAACCUGUAGACGUGGUGGAUUUUAUGGGGAACGAAAGGAGUUAUCCGGAUUUUAUGACGCGAUUCGUAGACGUGGACGUAGAUUACGUGAACAAACGAAUUGGAACCGAAAUUGAAACGAAAGAGAUGGCGGCGUUAUUGUGUAAAAUGCAGUUGGCGUCGAAAGUCACCGCGGAGAAGACUUUACGAGUGGAAAUUCCACCGACGAGAUCGGACGUGUUGCACGCGUGCGAUAUCGCCGAAGACGUGGCGAUUGCGUACGGAUACAACAACAUUAAACAAACCAUUCCGAAAGCGUCGACGAUAGGGAAAGGUCAACCUAUUAAUCAUUUUAGCGAUUUGGUGAGAGAGGAAAUCGCGAGAAUGGGCUUUUCCGAGGUGUUGACGUGGAUUUUGUGUUCGCACGACGAUAACUUUAAAAACGUGCGAAGAGAAGAUAACGGAAACUGUGCCGCAAUUGUCGCGAAUCCUUCCUCGAUCGACGUGCAAGUGGCGAGGAGUUCGUUGUUGCCGGGCGUUUUGAAAGCGUUGGGGGCGAACAAGGACGCGCCGUUGCCGGUGAAACUCUUCGAGGUUGGUGAUGUCGUCGUCAUCGACGAGAACGCCGACGUCGGGGCGAGAAACUCGAGAAGAUUAUUAGCUUUACACUCCGCGCAAACGUCUGGUUUAGAAUCAAUCCAUGGGGUGUUAGAUAGAGUCAUGCAAGUGACUGGAGCGGCGGGGUCGUUUGAGCCCGGGCCGGGAAACGCCGGCUACGAGUUGAUACAAACGAGAAACGAGCCGACGUUUUUCCCGGGAAGGCAAGCGACGAUUGUUCGAGACGGGAAAGAGAUUGGCGUGUUUGGGAUCGUCCACCCAGACGUUUUGAAGGAGUUCGAUAUCGUGAAUCCGGUUUCGGUGUUGGAAUUAGAACUUGAACCGUUGCUCGAGAGAACGCAAGAAGCGAUUGCCAAAGGGGGACAUUAA